UGUAAUAAUAUUUUAAUAGUUUCGCUAUUCGAGCGGGUCCUUUUUAAUUGGUCUGUAAGACAUCCAGGUAGCGGGUACGUCCAAGGCAUAAACGAUCUGCUCACACCAUUCGUGGUUGUGUUUCUCUCCGAAUACACUAAAACUGGUGUGUUUCCUUCUGAGCAAUUGCUGGACUUAGAGGGCGAUGUUUUUUGGUGUGUGUCAAGGCUGCUUGAUACGAUUCAGGACAACUAUACGUUUGCACAGCCCGGUAUUCAAAAUAACGUAAACAAAUUGAGCAGUCUCAUCGAACGUCUUGACAACGAGUUGCAUCGCCAUCUGAUGGAGCAUAAAGUUGAAUACUUACAAUUCGCCUUUCGAUGGAUGAAUAAUCUCCUCAUUCGGGAACUUCCACUGCGUUGCAUCAUUCGCUUGUGGGAUACGUACAUGGCAGAACCAGAAGGCUUCUCCCAAUUCCACGUUUAUGUGUGUGCUGCCUUCCUUUUGCGAUUCAAAGACAGUCUGAUGCGUCGAAAUGACUUUCAUGGCCUUCUGGUGUAUCUUCAAGCGCUUCCUACACAUCGAUGGACAAACACCGAUAUUGAAAUGGUUCUGGCCCAAGCAUUUCAAUACAAGAGCCUGUUCUCUCAAGCACCCAAACACUUGGAUUAUCAAAGGAGUGAAAUUCAGUAG